UACACCACAACAGGGUAUUUGCAAUCGCACAAAACCAAGACCACGAAACCCACGAGAGACCCCACGGCACAUCCUCAGCCACAACCACCUAAACCCCUCCCUCAUCUAUAUAACAUUCCCUCAUCUGGGUCUUCAAAUUCACCACCACAUAACCUAAACCCACUUCCCAUUUUCUCGAUUCUCAAUCGCAUCUGAGAAGAAAGAAGGAGAGAUUUUCUGUGUCGGGUUUGAUUCCGGUUUGGGGUAAAACCCGGGUCGACGAGUUGUAGACAUCACGGCUAUACACAGAGCUUCACGGCCACUCAUUCAUGUCCGCCGGACUGUCCGACGUAAGGGUUGUGUAAUUGAGAGCAACCCUUCGCCGCACGGCGGGCGUGGUGCUUUGCCGUCCGAAGGAGGAAGUCCUUCCGACCUCCUGUUCCUCGCCGGCGGUGGUGUCCACGUUUCCGACUUGCUUUUCUUUUUCUAGCUUUUCGUAGAUUCGGGUUUUAGCUCAAAGAUUAUUGUUUCGCAAGUAGAUCGUGUUUGCUGUCGUUGCUGUGCUUUGAUUUUUCUUUUGAGAAGAACAAGAACAUAAAAAGAACAUAACAAAAAUGAUGCUGAAGAUCAAGAGGGUUCCUACUGUGGUUUCGAAUUACCAGAAAGAUGAGGCGGAUGAGGGCCGCCGAGCUGGGGGCUGUGGCCGCAACUGUCUUAACAAAUGUUGCAUUUCAGGAGCAAAACUUCCAUUGUAUGCUUUUAAGAAGCAAAACAACUCACCUGGUGAGAAGGGGUUUUCCGGACAUGAGAAGCAAGACGCUCCGGUUGCUUUCCUUGACUCAUUGGUUCUUGGAGAGUGGGAGGAUCGCAUGCAGAAAGGGCUAUUUCGAUAUGAUGUCACUGCCUGCGAGACUAAGGUGAUUCCAGGCCAGUUCGGCUUCAUUGCACAGCUCAACGAGGGCCGCCACCUUAAGAAGCGACCAACCGAGUUUCGAGUUGAUAAGGUUCUCCAACCUUUUGAUGGUAGCAAGUUCAACUUCACUAAAGUUGGCCAAGAGGAGGUUCUGUUCCAGUUUGAAGCAAGUGAAGAUGGUGAAGUUCAGUUUCACCCUAAUGCACCUAUUGAUGUGGAAAAUUCUCCGAGUGUUGUUGCGAUCAAUGUUAGUCCAAUUGAAUACGGGCAUGUGCUGUUAAUUCCUCGUAUUCUUGAGUCUUUGCCUCAAAGGAUUGAUCGUGAAAGCUUCUUGCUUGCACUUCACAUGGCGGCAGAAGCAGGGAAUCCUUACUUCCGAUUGGGUUACAACAGCUUGGGUGCAUUUGCUACCAUCAAUCACCUUCACUUCCAGGCUUACUACCUUGCUGUAACCUUUCCCAUUGAGAAGGCUCCUACUAAAAAGAUAACCAGUUUGGAUGGUGGGGUGAGGAUUUCUGAGCUUCUGAACUAUCCUGUUAGAGGUCUGGUUUUUGAGGGUGGAAAUACUCUGGAAGAUUUGUCAAACUCUGUCUCUGAUGCCUGCAUUUGCCUUCAAGAGAACAACAUUCCUUACAAUGUCCUCAUAUCGGAUUGUGGAAAGCGGAUCUUUCUCUUACCACAGUGUUAUGCUGAGAAACAAGCUCUUGGGGAAGUUAGGGCAGAGCUUUUGGAUACUCAGGUGAAUCCAGCUGUGUGGGAAAUUAGUGGACAUAUGGUGUUAAAGAGGAAGAAGGACUAUGAUGAGGCAUCUGAUGAAAAUGCUUGGAAGCUCCUUGCCGAGGUCUCUCUUUCUGAGGAGAGGUUCCAAGAGGUGAAUGCUCUUAUAUUUGGAGCCAUUGCUUCUGGUGUUGAUGAUGGGAAUGCAAAUUUACUAGAGGAUCCAGAUGUCAAUCCUCGCUCUCAUGAUGAAGUGAAUGCCAUUAACAAAAGCUCCCAUCAUGCUAUGGUGUCCGGGACACAGGAAUGCCUUGUUCUGCAGUAAUGAGCAGAUUUGUGGUUUUGUACCUGUGAAUCUAGUAUUGCAGUUUGCCAUUUGGGUUUAUGUCUGUACCUUAUUGGAAACUAGCUGAUGCCUAAAUAAGCAAAACUGGGUUUGCAUAGUCAGCUCUACUUUUGCAGUUUGUAUGUUCUGCAUAACGACAUCGAUCUAUUUGCUUAGGGUGCUUUAUGGGUACCGUGUAAAAUACUCUGUAGAGAUUGCUAUUAUGGAUGAUCAAUAAAUGUUAUGUGUAUUAUGUG